GAAAGAGCAGUCAGUCUCUGCCGCCGUUUUAUGAAAACAAAAACAUCGUCUUACUAAUGUAGAAGUGGUGAGAUUCCUUCAAUUCGGUUGUUUUGAUGGAUUAUCGGGGAGAUAGAAAUGAAUACUUGUCCGCAGUUCGACCUACAGUUUCAUACAGGUACAAACCGAACACUCCAAAGCCCAGCCGUUUGUCCGUGAGGAGUGACCUGUCAAUGGAUUAUCCACUUAAAUUUAGUGGAGACACUGAUCCUGGGUUUAGUGGAUACACUGAUCCUGAAGUUAGGUACAGACCGAACACUCCAAAGCCCAGCCGUGUGUCCAUGAGGAGUGACCUGUCAAUGGAUUAUCCACUUAAAUUUAGUGGAGACACUGAUCCUGGGUUUAGUGGAUACACUGAUCCUGAAGUUAGGUACAAACCGAACACUCCAAAGCCCAGCCGUUUGUCCGUGAGGAGUGACCUGUUAAUGCAUUAUCCACCUAAAUUUAGUGGAUACACUGAUCCUGGGUUUAGUGGAUACACUGAUCCUGAAGUUAGGUACAGACCGAACACUCCAAAGCCCAGCCGUGUGUCCAUGAGGAGUGACCUGUCAAUGGAUUAUCCACUUAAAUUUAGUGGAUACACUGAUCCUGGGUUUAGUGGAUACACUGAUCCUGAAGUUAGGUACAAACCGAACACUCCAAAGCCCAGCCGUUUGUCCGUGAGGAGUGACCUGUUAAUGCAUUAUCCACCUAAAUUUAGUGGAUACACUGAUCCUGGGUUUAGUGGAUACACUGAUCCUGAAGUUAGGUACAAACCGAACACUCUAAAGCCCAGCCGUUUGUCCGUGAGGAGUGACCUGUUAAUGCAUUAUCCACCUAAAUUUAGUGGAUACACUGAUCCUGGGUUUAGUGGAUACACUGAUCCUGAAGUUAGGUACAGACCGAACACUCCAGAGCCCAGCUGUGUGUCCGUGAGGAGUGACCUGUCAAUGGAUUAUCCAAGUAAAUUUAGUGGAUACACUGAUCCUGGGUUUAGUGGAUACACUGAUCCUGAAGUUAGCCUUCCCAAAGCCCUCCAGACAUUCAGAUCAAAUCUGCUGAAGAAGUUUCAGUGUGUGUCUGAGGGAACAGCGGGAAAUAAAUCCCCAACACUGCUGAAUGAGAUCUACACAGAGCUCUACAUCACAGAGGGAGACAGUGGAGAGAUCAAUAAUGAGCAUGAGGUGAGACAGAUUGAGACUCAAUCCAGGAGAUCAACAACAGAGGACACACCGAUCCAAUGCAGAGACAUCUUUACAGCUUUACCUGGACAACACAAAGCCAUCAGAACUGUGCUGACGAAGGGAGUCGCUGGCAUUGGAAAAACAGUCUCUGUGCAGAAGUUCAUCCUGGACUGGGCUGAAGAGAAGGAGAAUCAGGACGUCCAGCUCAUAUUUCCACUUCCUUUCAGAGAGCUCAACCUGAUGAAGGACAGAACGCUCAGUCUGGCAGAUCUCCUGCAUGUGUUUUUCCCUGAAACCAAAGAGAUGGAAAUUUCCAGAGACGAAUAUAAAGUGUUGUUCAUCUUUGAUGGUCUGGACGAGUGUCGUCUGUCUCUGGACUUUAACAGUGAAGUAAAACUGUGUAAUAUUUCUGAAUCGGCCUCAGUGGAGGAUCUGCUGAUGAACCUGAUUGUGGGGAAUCUGCUUCCCUCUUCUCUCAUCUGGAUCACCUCCAGACCAGCAGCAGCAGAUCUCAUUCCCUCUGCGUUUGUCCAUCGACUGACGGAGGUACGAGGCUUCACUGACCCUCAGAAGGAGGAAUACUUCAGGAAGAGGAUCAGAGAUCAGAGACUGGCUGAUGAAAUGAUCCAACAUCUGAAGUCCUGCAGGAGCCUCUUCAUCAUGUGCCACAUCCCAGUGUUCUGCUGGAUCUCAGCCACUGUUCUGGAGGAGAUGAUGAGGAGAACAGGUAUAGGAGAGAUUCCCAAGACUCUGACUGAGAUGUACACACACUUCCUGAUCAUUCAGACCAGGAUCAAACAUGAGAAGCACUAUCAGAAGAAGCUAAAGGACAAGGAGAUGAUCCUCAAACUGGGGAAACUGGCUUUCCAGCAGCUGAUGAAAGGCAACCUGAUCUUCUAUGAGGAGGACCUGAGAGAGUGUGGCAUUGAUGAGAGCGAAGCCUCCGUUUACUCAGGAUUGUGCACUCAGAUCUUCAGACAGGAGCUGGGCUUGUUUCAGGGGAAAGUCUUCUGCUUUGUUCAUCUGAGCAUUCAGGAGCAUCUCGCAGCUCUUUAUGUGCAUCUUUCAUUCCUGCUGGACAAGAGAGAUGUGCUCAAUGAUGACCGCAGAUCUAAAUUUGCACAUUGGUUCACACGUCAGACAAUCUCUGAGCUGCACCGGAGGGCUGUGGACAAGGCUCUACAGAGCAGAAAUGGACAUCUGGACCUCUUUCUCAGGUUUCUUCUGGGUCUCUCACUGAAAUCUAAUCAGACACUCCUGAAAAAUCUUCUGAUACAUAUCAGAAACAUCUCAUACAGUCAAGAGAAAACGAUUGAUUACAUUAAAACACAAAUCAAACUGAAUCCCUCACCAGAGAAAUCCAUCAACCUGUUCCACUGUUUAAAUGAACUGGGUGAUCAAUCUCUGAUUAAUGAAGUCCAGCAGUAUGUCAGAUCUGGAGAUCUUUCAGGGACCAGAUUGUCCUCCUCCCAGUGGUCAGCAGUGGUCUUUGUUUUGUUGACUUCAGAGCAGUUGGAUGAGUUUGAUUUAAGCAAAUAUUUAGGAGGCAAUGGACAAAACCACAUGACACAUGAUAAAGUUCUUCAGAAGCUCCUGCCUGUAGUUGAAGCCUCCAGAACAGCUGUGUUGAGGAAUUGUGGUGUCUCAGAUGAAGGUUGUGCUGCUUUGGCUUCAGCUCUGAGAUCAAACUCCUCAAACCUCAGAGAACUGAAUCUGACAUGGAAUAAAGUAGGAGAUUCAGGAGUGAAGCUGCUCUCUGCUGGACUGGAGGAUCCUCACUGUAAACUGGAGAAACUAGUGUUGAGGAAUUGUGGUGUCUCAGAUGAAGGUUUUGCUGCUUUGGCUUCGGUUCUGAGAUCAAACUCCUCAAACCUCAGAGAACUGGAUCUGUCUGAGAAUAAAGUAGGAGAUUCAGGAGUGAAGCGGCUCUCUGCUGGACUGAAGGAUCCUCGCUGUAAACUGGAGAAACUGGAGUUGAGGAAUUGUGGUGUCUCAGAUGAAGGUUGUGCUGCUUUGGCUUCAGCUCUGAGAUCAAACUCCUCAAACCUCAGAGAACUGGAUCUGACAUGUAAUGAAGUAAGAGAUUCAGGAGUGAAGCUGCUCUCUGCUGGACUGAAGGAUCCUCGCUGUAAACUGGAGAAACUGGACCUUCCCAAAGCCCUCCAGACAUUCAGAUCAAAUCUGCUGAAGAAGUUUCAGUGUGUGUCUGAGGGAACAGCGAGAAAUAAAUCCCCAACACUGCUGAAUGAGAUCUACACAGAGCUCUACAUCACAGAGGGAGACAGUGGAGAGAUCAAUAAUGAGCAUGAGGUGAGACAGAUUGAGACUCAAUCCAGGAGAUCAACAACAGAGGACACACCGAUCCAAUGCAGAGACAUCUUUACAGCUUUACCUGGACAACACAAAGCCAUCAGAACUGUGCUGACGAAGGGAGUCGCUGGCAUUGGAAAAACAGUCUCUGUGCAGAAGUUCAUCCUGGACUGGGCUGAAGAGAAGGAGAAUCGGGACAUCCAGCUCAUAUUUCCACUUCCUUUCAGAGAGAUCAACCUGAUGAAGGACAGAAGACUCAGUCUGGCAGAUCUCCUGCAUGUGUUUUUCCCUGAAACCAAAGAGAUGGAAAUAUCCAGAGACGGAUAUAAAGUGUUGUUCAUCUUUGAUGGUCUGGACGAGUGUCGUCUGUCUCUGGACUUUAACAGUGAAGUGAAACUGUGUAAUAUUUCUGAAUCGGCCUCAGUGGAGGAUCUGCUGAUGAACCUGAUUGUGGGGAAUCUGCUUCCCUCUGCUCUCAUCUGGAUCACCUCCAGACCAGCAGCAGCAGAUCUCGUCCCCUCUGAGUGUGUCCAUCGACUGACGGAGGUACGAGGCUUCACUGACCCUCAGAAGGAGGAAUACUUUAGGAAGAGGAUCAGAGAUCAGAGACUGGCUGAUGAAAUGAUCCAACAUCUGAAGUCCUGCAGGAGCCUCUUCAUCAUGUGCCACAUCCCAGUGUUCUGCUGGAUCUCAGCCACUGUUCUGGAGGAGAUGAUGAGGAGAACAGAUAUAGGAGAGAUUCCCAAGACUCUGACUGAGAUGUACACACACUUCCUGAUCAUUCAGACCAGCAUCAAACAUGAGAAGCACUAUAAGAAGAAGCUGAAGGACGAGGAGAUGAUCCUCAAACUGGGGAAACUGGCUUUCCAGCAGCUGAUAAAGGGCAACCUGAUCUUCUAUGAGGAGGACCUGAGAGAGUGUGGCAUUGAUGAGAGCGAAGCCUCCGUUUACUCAGGGUUGUGCACUCAGAUCUUCAGAGAGGAGCUGGGCUUGUUUCAGGGGAAAGUCUUCUGCUUUGUUCAUCUGAGCAUUCAGGAGCAUCUCGCAGCUCUUUAUGUGCUGCUUUCAUUCCUGCUGGACAACAGAGAUGAGCUCAGUGAAAACCUCAGAUCAACACAUCCAAAUGAGUUCAGUUGUCACACAGUGUCUGACUUGCACCAGAGAGCCGUGGACAAGGCUCUGCAGAGCAGAAAUGGACAUCUGGACCUCUUUCUCAGGUUUCUUCUGGGUCUCUCAUUGAAAUCUAAUCAGACACUCCUGAAGAAUCAUUUGACACAAGUUGGAAACAUCUCAUACAGUCAAGAGGAAAUGAUUGAAUACAUUAAAAUAAGAAUAAAACUGAAUCCCUCACCAGAGAAAUCCAUCAACCUGUUCCACUGUUUAAAUGAACUGGGUGAUCAAUCUCUGAUUAAUGAAGUCCAGCAGUAUGUCAGAUCUGGAGAUCUUUCAGGCAGCAGAUUGUCCUCCUCUCAGUGGUCAGCGGUGGUCUUUGUUUUGUUGACUUCAAAGCAGUUGGAUGAGUUUAAUUUAAGCAAAUAUUUAGGAGGCAAUGGACAAAACCACAUGACACCUGAUAAAGUUCUUCAGAAGCUCCUGCCUGUAGUUGAAGCCUCCAGAUCAGCUCUGUUGUGGAAUUGUGGUGUCUCAGAUGAAGGUUGUGCUGCUUUGGCUUCAGCUCUGAGAUCAAACUCCUCAAACCUCAGAGAACUGGAUCUGUCUGAGAAUAAAGUAGGAGAUUCAGGAGUGAAGCUGCUCUCUGCUGGACUGGAGGAUCCUCACUGUAAACUGGAGAAACUAGUGUUGAAGUGUUGUGGUGUCUCAGAUGAAGGUUGUGCUGCUUUGGCUUCAGCUCUGAGAUCAAACUCCUCAAACCUCAGAGAACUGGAUCUGUCUGGGAAUAAAGUAGGAGAUUCAGGAGUGAAGCUGCUCUCUGCUGGACUGGAGGAUCUUCACUGUAAACUGGAGAAACUGAUGUUGAGGAAUUGUGGCGUCUCAGAUGAAGGUUGUGCUGCUUUGGCUUCAGCUCUGAGAUCAAACUCCUCAAACCUCAGAGAACUGGAUCUGUCUGUGAAUAAAGUAGGAGAUUCAGAAGUGAAGCUGCUCUCUGAUGGACUGAAGGAUCCUCACUGUAAACUGGAGAAACUGAUGUUGAGGAAUUGUGGCGUCUCAGAUGAAGGUUGUGCUGCUUUGGCUUCAGUUCUGAGAUCAAACUCCUCAAACCUCAGAGAACUGAAUCUGUCUGUGAAUAAUCUAGGAGAUUCAGGAGUGAAGCUGCUGUCUGCUGGACUGGAGGAUCUUCACUGUAAACUUGAGAAACUGAUGUUGAGGAAUUGUGGCGUCUCAGAUGAAGGUUGUGCUGCUUUGGCUUCAGCUCUGAGAUCAAACUCCUCAAACCUCAGAGAACUGAAUCUGUCUGUGAAUGAAGUAGGAGAUUCAGGAGUGAAGCGACUCUCUGCUGGACUGAAGGAUCCUCACUGUAAACUGGAGAAACUGGAGUUGAGUGGUUGUGGUGUCUCAGAUGAAGGUUGUGCUGCUUUGGCUUCAGCUCUAAGAUCAAACUCCUCAAACCUCAGAGAACUGAAUCUGUCUGGGAAUAAAGUAGGAGAUUCAGGAGUGAAGCGGCUCUCUGAUUUAAGAGAUGAUCCACAUUAUAAACUGGAGACACUGCGUUUCAACAGGUAUUAAAUGAUGUUGAAUGUGGAGUCACUACAGACACAUUAAACUGUACAGAAGUGAAGUGUCAGUGAUUGAGUUUAUAAAGACUCUGCUGGAUUACUAAAUAACAUCAUCAGUGACUGAAACACUCCAUCAUUAAUGUGCAUCAGAGAAGAGGAAGAAAUGCUGCAGGAACUGCUUUAUUCAUAUCAGAGAAACUCAAAUCUGCAGAAUUAAAGCACAAAUAACCGGAUGCUCUUUCUGUUUUCUCCACCUGUGAUGGAGCACGUCAUAAAGAGAGAACACCAUGAGAAAAGGAGAAACUUUCUGUCUCUUCACACAUGUGAGAUGAUUCUAAACAGUGUCGAGUGAUUCAGCUUUCCUUCAGUCUGACUACAGUUAUAAGGCUGCAUAUUGAAGAGCGACAUGAUCCAGUUCAGGAUGUAAUUACUCAAGAAUAAAUAAUUUGUUCACUUACGAUGUUAUACUUACACAUGUAAAUAUCUCACUAGUCAGGCUGAUUUACCCCUUUCACCCUAACACUAACAUUUCAGACCUACCUUGUAAGUUGAUGCAUAUUGAUAAUAUGACACUAAAUUUAUUUGUUGUUCCUUUUUAUUUAUUGGUUUUAUCAAUACAUUUCCUCAUAUCUAUUCUAAGAUUGAUUAUAAUGUACACUGUGUUGUAAAGUAAAAUAAUAAAUCUAUGCAUUAUGCUGUAAAUAAUCUGAAUGGUACAACACUGUGGUCUAUAUACUCCCGUACUCUUGUAUUCACUGAACUCAUGAAAGUUUGUCAAAUUAUAUUAAUAAAAUUAUGAAUGAAAUAUA